CGGGGCUACGAGUACGGCGUCCGUGCGCGAUCUCGCGAGAGCAGCAGACGGCGGAAGUACAGUCUGCAGGAUGCGGUUCCUGGUUGCGUUGGUCCUCCUGAUGGUUGCAGCGGCGGAAGCCGAGGAGUCCACUUCUCCGUUACCCACUCAGAAGAGUAUAACGAAUACAGAAAGAGUCGCCACCCAGUUCUCCCCCAGCCUCCUGCCUCAGAAUAAUCCACAGGCUCCAACACAGCUCACGGCUGUCAGCUCUACUGGGUCAGACUCACAGCAACAGUCCACAGGAGACAACUCAAACCAGUCAAAUGAGGGCCACCAGUCCACGGGAGACAGUCCUGAUGAGUCGGAUAAGGACCACCAGUCCACGGGAAACAGGCCCGAUGAGUCGGAUAAGGACCGCCAGUCCACGGGAAACAGGCCCGAUGAGUCGGAUAAGGACCACCAGUCCACGGGAAACAGUCCUGACGAGUCUGAUAAGGACCACCAGUCCACGGGAAACAAUCCUGAUGAGUCGGAUAAGAACCACCAGUCCACGGGAAACAGUCCUGACAAGUUGGAUAAGGACCACCAGUCCACGGGAAACAGUCCUGAUGAGUCGGAUAAGGACCACCAGUCCACGGGAGACAGGCCCGAUGAGUCGGAUAAGGAGCACCAGUCCACGGGAGACAGGCCCGAUGAGUCGGAUAAGGAGCACCAGUCCACGGGAGACAGGCCCGAUGAGUCGGAUAAGGAGCACCAGUCCACGGGAGACAGGCCCGAUGAGUCGGAUAAGGACCACCAGUCCACGGGAAACAGGCCCGAUGAGUCGGAUAAGGACCACCAGUCCACGGGAGACAGGCCCGAUGAGUCGGAUAAGGACCACCAGUCCACGGGAAACAGUCCUGAUGAGUCAGACAAGGAGCACCUGUUCACGGAAAACAGUUCUGAACCUGAAGGGGGCUCUCCACCCAAAGAAGAGAAGGAAAUGCCUGGCCCUGCCUCUGGAGAGAACCUUGAAGGAACACUUUUGGAUUCCGUAAAUAGGAAGAAGGAUGACCUUUAUAAGGAGAAUCUUGGAAGUGCGGAGAGCAGUCACUUCUUUGCAUAUCUGGUGACUGCAGCCAUUCUUGUGGCUGUUCUCUAUAUUGCCUAUCACAACAAGCGGAAGAUUAUUGCUUUUGCCCUGGAAGGAAAAAAAUCCAAACCUACUCGGCGGCCUAAGGCCAGUGACUACCAGCUUUUGGACCAGAAGAUUUGAUCUUUCUGUUUUUGAGAACCUCGUCCUCCCUGCUGAUUUGUUUCUAAAUCAAGAUAAUGAAGAUAAAAGUACUGUGAACUAAGAGCUACCCUCUAGGGUUGGUGGCAAGUCCAGGCUGGCAGACAUGGGGGGUGGGGAGCAUGGCUUUGGUUUUUGCACCGGCACUUUAGUGACCCUGUGCUCCUUUGUUCCCAUUAUUUAUGCUGGUGUCUUCCGUCCUUUCCCCCACUUAGUAUGAGUAGAAGGAGCGAGCAGGUGGGAACCCAGUUUUGACCAAAUGGAGAUCCCAGCCCCUGGCAGGCUAGUGCUGCUGACCGCCCUGGGCGCCUUGGGCCUCAGCUCUAUCGUGAAAUUACCCCUAGAAAGUAGCAUUGCACUUGCCACUAUUUAUUUUUGCAGACCUAGGAGAAAACUCAACUGCUUGAGGUACUUUACACCAGGACCUCUUACUUUGGGGGGAUGUGCCGUACAAGAGAUCUACAAGGUGAAUGCUGAUGGGCAAAGAGCUACAUUGAACACAUAAUUCUUUUCAAAUGCUUCAGCAGUAAACCAAAACAAUAGCUUAAAAAAAUGCUUUACUGCCUGCAGGUUCAACCCAUCUAGCACAUUUUCAUAUUAUGUAAGACAAAGUGAGUCAGCUUCCAUUUGGUUGUACUGAGUAUAAAACUGAACUUGGGGCUCCUGGGAGUAGAGCUGUAAAGCCACUGUUCCCAUUGCAGAUUUUUAGAAAUAAAGUUGUGAUUAUUGAA